GCCUGAGCCCGGGGCCCGGGACAGGUUUUCCCGCGGAGCUGUGGCGGCAGCGGCGGGCUCGCGCCACCUGUCCGAGUGCCACCUGGUGAGCGCGGCGCAGCGGGGCCAAGCCCCUCCUCCCGCGGGUUUUCCUCGCUCCUCCCCGGCCAGAGCUCUCUCUCCGCCCGGGGGCCCACUCCUGGGCCCCGGAGCGUGCUGACCCGCGUCUCCAUCCGGUUCUCCUCUCGCAGGUCUCCGCCUGGCUGGGGCUGAGCAAGAACUCCGGGUGACAGUGGGCUGACAGUGUUGGGACCCUUGGAGCAGAGUGGGGAGCGCGCCCGACCACCAUGCCGCGUUCGUUCCUUGUCAAGAGCAAGAAGGCUCACAGUUACCACCAGCCGCGCUCCCCCGAACCCGACUAUUCCCUCCGUCUGGACAGUGCACUGGCGCCUGGCGGAGCAGACAGCACCUCGAGCGCAGGCGGGGCGAAGGCGGAGCCCCGGGGCCGUUUGUCCCCCGAGGCGCAGCUGACCGAGGCCCCAGACAGAGCCUCCGCGUCCCCCGGCAGCUGUGAGGACAGCGUCUGCGAUCCGAGCUCUGAGUUUGAGGACUUCUGGAGGCCCCCAUCGCCCUCUGUGUCUCCAGCCUCGGAGAAGUCGGUGUGCCCGUCGCUGGACGAAGCUCAGCCCUUCCGCCUGCCGUUCAAGCCGUACCCGUGGAGCGGCCUGGCGGGUUCUGAUCUGCGGCACCUGGUGCAGAACUACCGGCCGUGCGCGGCCCUGGAGCGCGGCGCCGGCCUGGGCCUCUUCUGCGAGCGCGCCCCGGAGCCGGGCCACCCCGCGGCGCUGUACGGCCCGGAGCGGCCUGCGGGCGGCGCGGGCUCCGGGGCGCCUGGGGGAGGCAGCGCUGCCGGUGGCGCGGGCCUGGGGCUCUACGGCGACUUCGGGCCCGCGGCGGCAGGGCUGUACGAGCGGCCUACGGCGGCGGCGGGCGGGCUGUACCCCGAGCGCGGCCACGGGCUGCACGCGGACAAGGGCGCCGGCGUCAAGGUGGAGUCGGAGCUGCUGUGCACCCGCCUGCUUCUGGGCGGCGGCUCCUACAAGUGCAUCAAGUGCAGCAAGGUGUUCUCCACGCCGCAUGGGCUCGAGGUGCACGUGCGCAGGUCCCACAGCGGCACGAGACCCUUUGCGUGCGAGAUCUGCGGCAAGACCUUCGGGCACGCGGUGAGCCUGGAGCAGCACAAAGCCGUGCACUCGCAGGAACGGAGCUUUGACUGUAAGAUCUGUGGCAAGAGCUUCAAGAGGUCAUCAACGCUGUCCACACAUCUGCUCAUCCACUCAGACACCCGGCCCUACCCUUGUCAGUACUGUGGCAAGAGGUUCCACCAGAAGUCGGACAUGAAGAAACACACCUUCAUCCACACUGGUGAGAAGCCCCACAAGUGCCAGGUGUGCGGCAAGGCAUUCAGCCAGAGCUCCAACCUCAUCACCCACAGCCGCAAACACACAGGCUUCAAGCCUUUCGGCUGUGACCUGUGUGGGAAGGGCUUCCAGAGGAAGGUGGACCUCAGGCGGCACCGGGAGACGCAACAUGGGCUCAAGUGAGUGCCCUGAAUGGCCGCAAGCAGCAGCUACACAACACUACGGAGGGCAGCCUCCCCAUUUGCUGCCACCUAUUUCUGGACUUCUCAGGUCCCCCAGUCCAGUCUGCAGAUCCCACCUGGGUGGCCCCCCUUCACCUUACUUCCAGAGGGGAUAAGUUACCUUUUCAAAGUUCAGCCUGGAGUGGGAACCAAAUGACUCGCUGGGCUUUGGACACAUGGAAUCGGCUCCUCUACACCUGAAGACUGGAAGUCAAGAGGGGAUCAGAUCAAAUCUUGGGCCCCACAGUCCUUCCCAUUCUCGGCCCUGCUUCACAGACAGCAAGGUCCUUCAGGUUUCUUCCCUCCUCCUCCUGACCUACCCCAGAUACUUGUCUGGAGAGGAGGAAUCACAAGGUAGACACAUGCAGAUGUUUUUAUCUGGAAUGAAGAAUGAGUGUUAUUUUUAUUUUUUUUUUCCUUCUGAGGAGUCUGUUGACCCUUUUCUACUGGGUGCUGCCUGUAAAUCUUGGAGGAAUUGUUUCUCCCACUUGAAGACUGGUUCAGAAACUGAUUUUGGGAAGGAGUUUCAUCCUUUUGAAAUUACAAGACACACUGUUGAGCCUGCCCCAAGAAGGAACAGAAGAAAAGUGGACUUGGUGAUGAGAGGAGAUUAGAGGUCGUCCCUCCAGGAGGCCUGUGAAGGCUUCAUCAGAGGAGGAAGAAGCACAGAGCCUUUGGACAAGAUGUCAUCCAUUCACUCUGCAAGUGUUUGUUGACCACCGGUUACCAUGGUACCAGGCGCCACACUAGGUACCGGGGAGCCAGAAGUUAAAGUCUCAGCCCCCAUCCUUCAAAAGCUAACAGUAAUCCCUCCAAGUGGCUGGUUCUGUUCUUUUCCUCCAAAGGAAUUCUGAGAAGACAAAACAGAAUGUUGAAGCUCCCUACUGAUCCGUUUGGAUUUUAUCAAGCAUAAACAGAAAAUAGCUAAACAGAGACUGCAAAGAUUUAUGUGUAUGUUCAGUUUUUUAUUAAGCUGAAAUGUUAAAGAUGUCUAAGCUAGUAGGCGUGUGGGAGUGAAGGCUCCGUCUUCAACUCUUUGACCCUCCAUGUGUACCAUAGAGGAAAAAAGAUGGUAUUUUUACUUCGAGGUUCGUAAACGUUUUUAGACCUUUUGGAGUGCAUUAUGUUUGUUAAUAUAUAUUUAUUAGAGUGAUGUCUUAAGUUAAUAAAGUAUUAAGACUCUUG